AUGGCACAGUGCCUUCAUAAAACCCGUGUUCCCUUUCAUGUGUAUGAGGCAGAUUCAAGCCUGACUGCCCGCCGCCAAGGAUAUCGCAUUCGCAUCGCCGACGAAGGCAUUGAGGCUUUGAAGCGAUGCCUGUCACCAGAAAAGUAUCGCACCCUGGAAGCGUCUUGUAACACUAUUACCUCACACUCCAGCAUUCCCAAUGCGACGCUCAAUGCCGUGACUGGAGAUCCGACAACCAAGUUGUUCAAUCCAGGGGCGAACACUCCGGUGCCGCCUCGUCCCAAGUUCAAGCCUUUAAGUGCAGAUCGAGGAGUGUUGAGACAGAACCUCUUAGACGGCAUUGAAGACCAUGUCACGUUUGGUCGGCAAUAUCAUUCUUUCACCGAUGGUAAUGACGGGAUCACUGUACACUUUGCAGAUGGGCUUGAUGUUGAAGCCUCUCUCUUGAUUGGGGCGGAUGGCAUUUGGUCUCGAGUCCGUCAGCAGUUGUUGCCCUUUUACGACCUCCUUGACACAGAAGCACGACUAGUGUUUGGAAAAACAUCCCUCACAGAUGACUUCUCUCAAAAGUUCUCAAAAUCUGCCUCGGAAGGCCUCACCCUCAUACAUGGUGGCACCAUGAAGUGUCUCCUCGAGCCCAUGCGCUUCAGCAAAGAGAUAACGCCUUUGCCAGAAGACUACGUUUACUGGGUUUUGUUCUUACGUUGCGAUUCAGAGGCUAUCCCUGCGGAUGUUCUAUCAAAGCCCCUGGACGAGGUAAAGACUCUGGUUCGAAGCCUCACCAAAGAUUGGCACCCGUCGCUAGCGUGUCUUUUCGAAACCAGCACGACAGAAAUCUCAGCUUUUCGAGUUCUUUCAUCGAGCCCAGACAUCCCUGAUUGGGGAGCUGGGGCCUCCAUUGGGCGCGCCACUCUUCUUGGUGAUGCAGCACAUGCGAUGAGUCCCACAGCUGCUUUGGGUGCUACAACAGCCAUUCAUGACGCAGCCAGGAUUAUGGAUGCUAUAGAGAAGCGCGGUCUGAAUCCUAAAGCGCUGAGAUAUUAUGAACAUCAGAUGAGGGUUUACGCCAAGGAAUCGCUGGAAAAGAGUUUGAUGGGAGGAAGAGCUAUGUUCGGCAUGCGCGCGUUCCAAGAUCUCCCAAAGAGGAUAAUGUCGAGUCGGUCUCAUCUUGAAGUGGGCUCAUAG